AUGGUUCUAUUUCACAAGAGUACACAUAUAUUUCAAAAUGAUUUCGCCACUGUUUCUUUGGCGUUUUUCAAUCGAUAUCCCAACCCUUACUCCAAAAACGUGUUAUCAACAGACACGUUAGCACAACACAUCGACCCUCAAAAUGGUAAAUUAUACAAGACGCGACUAAUCAAAAAAGAUGGUAAGUUGCCACGAUGGAUAAUGCCCUUCUUGGGCAAGAUCACCACGACGUAUAUCCUUGAGAAAUCCAUUGUGGAUCCUAUGAAAUACACCAUGGAAACAUACAUGAGUAAUAUCGAUCAUUUGAGUAUUAUGAGAGUGGAAGAAUAUACAACGUAUAAAUACGAUAACAUUAAUCAUAACACAAUAGUCAGUAGCGAAGUGAAGUUUUCCAGUACGUUUAGAGAGGGGAUCAGAAAUAAGGUGGAAAGUUGGUCAAGAAACAAGUUCGAUGAAAGUGUCAAGAAAAGUAGAGAAGGAAUGGUUUUUGUCAUGAAGAACCUCCAGAUGAAAUCCCAAAACAUGAAGGAAGCAUAA